AUGUCGUUUUUUUCGCGUGUGUUUCGGGGCAAAGACUCCGCUGCCAGCAAGAAAACCACCAAGCAGCCAGCUGCCCAGCAGGCGCCUGCCAAACCGCAAUGGACCGACGCUUAUACACGGACCGAAGUCGGGCCUGAAGAAAUCCAGGAGUUGUUGCGAGGCUGCACCCAAGAGCUCAAACUCAGGGGACUCGACAUUCCCUUUCUCCUGCUCCCGUUUCGUCCCAGUUCCGACCCCAGCGCCGCGCGCAGCUUCAUUCGAAACUACUUCAAUGCCGCGCAAAAAGGCACCCCGCUCACGGGCGAUGCGCUCACGCAGGAGCUGCGAUUAACGGAGCCGAUGGUGCUCUGCAGUGUUGUGAAGUGGUGUUGGAGCAGACUUCCGGGUGGUGUAGUCACCUGGGAAGCGUACGAGCUGUUCAAGGUCGGCGAGCAAGACUCUGACCUCGCCCGCGAUGCCUUCAACACCUUCAUCCCCAUCAGUGUCGAAUCGGACGCCCGCACGAAAAUCAUCGCCGAUUUCUUCGAUCUCCUGACUGCCAUUGCUGCCCACGCCAAGAAGAAUGGUCUGGGUGGCAGGAAGCUUUCGCGGUAUGCCGGCUGGUGGGCGUUUGAACACACCGACACUGGCAAUGGAUUUGAAGGUUCCUACAAGAACUGGGCUACAGCUGCCGAUGCAACGAGCCAUCUCUUCUUCGCCUACCUGCGCUCCAUGUCCCCCGAGUCGGUGCGCGGCAUCAGUGGCAUCUCGUCUCUUCCCAUCGCUCUCCAAUCCCUUGUGCAGGCUACAGAAUACCCUCCUCAGACGCCCACUCUCUUGCAGAUUUCCACCACCAAGGUGGUCAUGAUUGUCGACACCGUCUCGCCUACGCCGUUUGCCCUGCUGCGCCGUGCAAAGAAUUUCGAGUACCGGGACAGCGAUCAGCAUCUCCAACAAUUCACCGCGUACGAUGAUCCGACGCGGGCCUUGACUGACGAAUGUCAACGGGUUCUGAGAGCAAUCGCCAACACUAACCAAUCCGAGGCCUCGACCUCCAAGACAUCCACCAGUCUCCGUGAUGCAUCGUGGUCUCGCUUCGAAGAUAUUGGCUUUUCUGCCUCGGUUGACUCGGACCAUGAUGACGAAGCUGACAACCAGCGGAACGGCGGACAGGAAUUGCGGUCUGCGCCGCAGUCUCGCACUAACGAUCUCGCGCGGCCAACCACACCGUCAUGGGCCGACUUUCUUUCUUCGGGGUUCGCCGAUGAGGCCGGCUACACGGGCCCUUCGUCUCUUCUACUACCGCCGGACAAGGUGUUGCCUCCUCUUGCAAGUGUCCGUGGCCAGAGCUCGCAAUCCCACAAACGCACAUUGGACACCGAGCCUAAUCUGGACCCGGGUGAAUUGGCUAGUAUUACUGUUUUGGAUUUGGACGAUUCCUUUUGGUGGGUCUGGAUCAGCAGUCUUUCUGUCGAAGAGCCUGUCGCCCGGAAGGCUGUGUUUGGAAGAUGUGCACUUCUCGAGACGACCAUCUCGGGUGCCAAGUGGCUUGUGUUGGAGGAGCAGGUAAAGGGCGCGGCACCGGAACCAGAGGAUGGAGCAUAUAUUGCAGAAAAGAAGCGGUUCUUCGGCUUCUCAACCCGCCGGCUGACACGUCGUAAAUCGUCUGGAAGACGACCGGCUCCACGAGAACCAUACAGGAACAACAGCACUGCCACCGCGGCCAGCAAGACCAGCAUUGGGCCUGAUCAGCACGCUCGGAUCCAGGCAGCGGCAGCAGCUUUGCAGCGAAAGCAGCGCGACCAGGAAGACGACCAGAAGGGUGAGGGCAACGAACGCCGGGGUCGGAAUGACCUGGCCGAUGGCUCCAAAACGAACUCGGCGAUGACGACGGGCCUGUUGACAGAGGCCUCGCAGGCGAUGAAGUGGACCAAGCACUACGAUCACCAUUAUGACAAGGACAAGAUGAGAUCGGCCUAUCUGAGUGACAACCGGGCUGGCACCGGUGCACCUUCGGAGUCGUUGAACUCGCUUACCAAUAGCCAGCGACACAUGACGCCUGUAUCUGAAGCUCCAUCCAAGCUAGAGAAAAAGGUUGCUGCGCCACCGCUGCCUGUGCCACCGCCCAAGGAUGCACCCAAGCCUGCAAAUGAUGUUGCCGCGGAUGCAGCAACGGUUCCAUUGCCAGAGGCCAAACCUUCCAAAGGUGUAGAGGCGUCAGAAGUAUCGGAGCCGAAGAAGUCUAUCGAUUCGACAGACGAAUCUAACCCGAAGAAGCUGAAGAAGAAGCCCAACGCUGCGCUGAAGGGGAUCUUCAGUACGACCAAGCAACGGGUUGACGUUAGCCCCAAGAAACAGAUUGGCAUCGACCCGUCGGCUGUUGCUGCAGCUCGUGCGGCCUUGGAGAACAAGGUCAAGUCCCAGGAUACACUUCCGCCACCUGCUGCUGCCAAGCCUUCGGUUUCGCACCGGUUGUCGAUCAUGAAGAAGAAGGCGGUGCCGGAGCCUUCUGUUACAAAUGCCCCCGCUGCUCCUGCCGCUCCUGCUGUAGAGGAAAUAAAGCCUGCACCGGCGCCCGUUGAGGAAGAGGUGCCAACACCAACAGCAGAGGCACCCAAGGCCGAGAAGGUCGAGCCCACGUCGCCAACGUAUAGUGGUCCUCCUCGUACUCGCCGUGAUGAGGAGUACGAUGCUUUGUCCAAGAUUGAUACCAACGAGAAAGUGGCCGCCGAGCAGGAAUUCUCGUCGUUUGACCAAGGGCCGUUGAUGGAUCAACCAGCGUUUGUUCCAGACAGUCCUGUGACGCCUGUUGAGCCGCAAGCGCCGGAGAUUUCGUCUCCAUCGACGACAACAGCAACAACUACUCAGGAUGUCAGCACACCGACAGCGCAGUCGCCAAGCACCAGUGGCGUGGCGUCGACUACCAGUCCGUCGUAUCACGAGCGCUGGGCACAGAUUCGCAAGAAUGUGAUUGAGAAUGCGUCGGCCAAUUUUGACGACGCGCCGAGCCGGAACAGCCAAGCAGACGAUGGCGACACCAGUGGUGAAGAGACUAUUGAAUCACGCGUGGCGCGCAUCAAGGCGCGUGUGGCCGAGCUGACUGGCAACAUGGAGUCGCGGUGA